AUCGAGCGAAUAUUAUUUUAUAAAAAUAGAGAGUUUAGUUAUUUUUAUUUCAUAAUAAUAAAUUAUUUAACGCAUGAUCAAAAAUUUGUUUACAAUAAAUCCAAUUAUACGUUCAACGUUUAUCGAUACAGUGAUUAAAAUCCGUUAGCACGAAUUAAUUGAUCUUUCAGUUAAUGCGAUAGUAUCUUCCCAUUGCAUUUCUGGUUUCUCUAUCGACGAUCCUUGCCACUCGACGAGAGAGUAAAUCGCACGCGUACCUGUUCCGCAAUCUACUCGCGCGUCUGCUGAAAGUCGUUUCCCUUUCGAUUAACGUUUCGCCUUCUCGGUCGUUUGAUGAACAUGGAUCAAAUGAGCCAUCCAUCCGAGCCGCGAUAUACUUUCACGAUCAAGAUAAUUACGGUGAUCUCGUUGCGAAGGUUGAAACUGCGUAGGCCGCUUACUACUCCUUCCACCGCGGUCGAAGUUCUAUCCCACCGGACUGGGCCCAGAGAGGCAGAGACAGGCAGAAAAGGAGGCAAUAACGGACGAGAACGGACAGACGAACGCGCCACAGAUGGACGAACGAAUGAACGAACCGAUUCUGUAAGAUGCAGCAGCAUACGGACUUUAACAGGUAUACACACGUCGCAGAGCAACCUGGUAGGAAACCAGCCGGCACUGAUGCUGCUAUUAUUGCUCGGUGCUCCUGCUGCACGUUGUUCCUUGCUCCUGCUGUAGUGAACGUCACUCGGUCAAGGUCCCCCACCAAAAACCUUUACAACCGCGGCAUUUUUUGAUGCUGACAUACGAGAAAUCUUGUUAUCUAUUUUUUUUAUUUUAUAUUUUGC